AUGCUUACAAACGUCUUUCAGAAUCACAUGACAAAGUCUGGGUCAAAUCCGACUGGUACUGCUGGUAGGCUUCCUCCAAAGGGACCCAAGCAAAUCGAGCAAGGCAAGACAGAACAGCAGCUUGAAGAUGAAAUUGCCGAUGAAAUGUUCGUCCAAUUCCCUGUCUACGGAAGUCAGAGUCCUGCCAAUUUGAACCCCACAGCGGACUGGUUGUUGGGCGGAACCUCCAACAUUCCCAACCAACAACAAUUGCUGCUGGAAAAGGAAAAGGAGAAGAAACAACAGGAACAAGAAAAGCAACAGGUACCGCCCAUGGACAACAAACCUGCUAAUAGUACUACUUUGUCUCCUACCACCGCCAAUACCGAAAAAUACAAGGGAUGGGACGAACAUGAACAAGACUUGUGGCGAUCUCAAAAACAACCAAAAGGCAAUGUCCAAAGUUCUGCUGCUUCCAGGGCUAGGGGACGGGAUAAGUAUUUGCGAGGCAGGCCCAGUGAAUCCAAGGACGAUUUCUCUCAAGAUUGGAUGAUGGCCUACUAUUACCACACUGGUGUCAAGCCAAAAUUGGACAUUAAGGCCAAUUCUAUCAAAAAGCCUACUCGACAACGCCAAAUGUCGCCCUUCAGCACCAAUAUGAAUGCUACUGCGUCCGCAAACACACCAUCGAUCACUAGCGCCAUGACUACGAGUGUGACUCGUCAGCCGGGAGCUCCUACCAUUCCGGAACAAGACGAGACUGCCUCUAUCAAAACCAGUGACACUGCAAGCAUGUACCGAACCGUGACAACGGCUGCUACCUCCGCAGUAGACACGGAUGGAUCCUUUGAUGAGGAGGAGGAUGCCAUUGCCGAGGCUGACGAUGAUCGACAGCAUUGGAUGCCUGAUCACUAUGCAAAACAGUGUUAUGCUUGUGAUACUCAAUUCACUGUUUUCCGUCGAAGACAUCAUUGUCGUAUCUGUGGUCAAGUAUUUUGCAAUGUGUGCUCUGGGUAUUUUGUGCCAGCUACGAGCAACCAAGAACUUCCACAGCAGAAUAAUCACAAUAAUGCUCCAGGACAACCUGGAUCCUUGCAGCAACCACAGCAGCGCACACAGUCCACACCAGUGCCGAGUACUCCGACAGUCGUAGGGUCUCCAGUCAUUGCUAGCAGCAAGAACCUGUUGAGAACCUGCAAAAUGUGCCACGACCAAGUCGCUGCCAAGCAACUGGCUCAGAAUAAAGUCAUUCAGCAACAAGCAGAAGUGCCGAGACAAAAAGCUCCACAAACCCAACAGAGCAAAAUGAAGACUCCUCAACGUCCCAGUCUCCAAGCAGAAUUGGAAACUGGGGACUCUGUUCUAAAAGACUUGUCCAAGAAGAGAACCGAAAGUGCCUAUGCCAAACGGCGUCUCUUGUCGCAACAAAAGGCCAUGGAAGAAGAAGAGAAGGAACAAACUUCCCUGCUUUUACAAGGACAAAAGGAAGAAGAAGAUCGUCAACUCUAUCACGAAAAGGCAUCCUCCCGGGGUGUAUUCAUGAGCUCGCCUCGACACGAGGAACGGAAGAAUGCUCAAGGAAUUGCCAUCCAAGAUUCGUCGGACGAUGAUCGUCAAACGGCAGUGAAAGAAGGGAACCGUCAAUUGGGAUUGUCGGCAGCCACGCAUUUGGAACAACUGGCAGAGGCCUUGCUCGCCAGUGAUGCACCCCUCUUGUGGAAUCAAUUGACUAAGGACAGUAGGGAUUUGGGAGACACCAAGUUACACAAGAGAUGGGUCAACAAGCUGAUGCAUCUUGCUACCAAGUGCUGUACUACUGUUCAGCCUAACGUUAAAAAGGGUGAUUUGCUGGACAUUCGUCCCUACGUCAAGACCAAGGUGAUCCCCGGCGGUUCCUACAAGGACUGCGCCUAUAUCAGUGGAAUCAUGUUCCGCAAAACUGUCAGUCACAAACAAAUGGCCCGAGACGUGGAUCAACCAAGGAUCAUGCUCUUGAGUGGUGGCAUUGAAUUUACUCGUACCGAGAAUCGAAUUGCGUCCUUGGAUUCAUUGUUGGUCGGAGAGAACAAGUACAUGGAAAUCUUGGUGGGUAAGAUUCUAAAGCUCAAACCAGAUGUCUUGCUUGUAGGCAAGGCCGUGAGCCGUAGAGCACAAGAGCUCUUGUUGAAAGCUCGAGUGGUCCUGGUCCAGCAUGUCAAGGCAUCAUUACUGAAACGAAUCUCCAGGCAAACGGGAGCUACCAUUAUCAGUAGUACAGACCACAUCAUGAACAAGUUUGGAGCUCACGUUCUUGGAAAGUGUCAUCGAUUCCGCACGGUUGUAGCAAGAGACAACGAAGUAUGGGUUGACAAGCUAGAGAUAACUUAUGGAACUAAGAGCGAGAAGCGUGAGGUUCAAAAUUUAUUGAUGAAUCCAGACCUACCCAAUCAUAAGCGUCAAGAAGCGUUGGCUGCCAAUAUGCUUGGAGAAAAUGUCAUGGAUGGAUCGGAUGCCAUACAGUCCGGACUAGCCAAACGUGGCGUUGCCCAAACCUACGUUAUGAUGGAAGGAUGCCCCAAGCAUUUGGGCUGUACCGUUAUCUUGCGCGGCGCAGAUCGCGAAGCUCUGAAACAAGUCAAGAAGGUCUUUCGUUUUCUGGUUAAUGUCGCUUACAACCUCCAUUUGGAAACCACUUUUCUGAAGGAACGCUGCGCAUGCUUGCGACCUGAUUUCGCAGUGCAACCGGAGAACUUAUGCAGUUCAUCAUUGUGCGUGGAUUAUGGAUCGCCACCAAAUCCUCGAAAGGCACGGCCUUGGAAUGGUGGACCAAACAAUGAAGGAGCACAGCGUUCUAUCACUGGUGGAAUAUCAGUCUUUGACCAUCAGUCAAUUUUGGUCAGUUCAGUCUGGAUGACUAGCAAGACUCAAUGCUGCCCAGCAGAGGUCAAGGGUAUCUGCUACUAUUCCGUUCAGGAUGUGUCUCUUGGCCAGUUUCUUCGUGAUUCCUGCUUCAACUUGUCCCUAAAGUGCCAAAACUCGAACUGCAAAAAGUCAGUUCUUGACCACUCUCUUUCCUUUGUCCACAAUGAUGGUUUCAUCAACAUCACAGUGGACUACAUGGACGAGCCUCUCCCUCCAGCAUCGCUGGAUAGUAGUCGCCAUAGGAACGAGACAACGCGCAAAGAUGCGAAUUCAGGUGAUGACGAGGACAGCCCUAUUGCCACAUGGACGUAUUGUAAGCAGUGCGGAGAAGUUGUAACUCCAUUGGUCUACAUUUCGGACAAGACUUGGAACUAUUCGUUUGGAAAGUUUUUGGAAUCCUUUUUCUACAACGGGGACACGAUUAUGAACCCGAAACAGCACAAGUGCUCAUGUUCUGUACAAACCGAGACGAACUUGUUUUUCGGAUGUGGUCGAUUGUCGGCACGGUUCACGUAUGAGCGUCUUAAGCCUUUCAAUGUUUUCGUGCGAAAAUCUCUUCCUCUUGAUAUUUCAUAUCAUAGAACAGAUGCACUCCGGCAGCUGGAUCUGAUAUCCAAGGCAUCGUCUUCAUUGUUUGUUAACUUUGACGAACACAUCAACAAGGUAUCCCGUGAAGCGAUGGCGCUGUUUGGAACCUCCACAAGUAGGCCAGAACAUAUGGACACAGUCCUUUCGGAGCUUCAAAAGAUAGCAUCCGAGGUCGACAACGCAGCGAAGACAUUGCAAGAAAAGAUUGCAUCUGUUUCAGACAAGUGCACAAACGAAGACGAAGAGGUAAUAAGCGACGCCCUAUUUCGCUUCCCUUGGUUUGCAAGACGAUAUCUGUACAUGCUAACGUCAGCCUGGAACGAGAAAUUGAGUGCUGCUGGCCAGGCGAUUGUGGCAAUGAAAAAGAUCUCAUCCUCUGCAUCGAAUAGAAAUGACAGCAUGUCAUCAAACGUUCCUCUUGGUGCGAGUGAUCAGAACGAUGAACUUCACGAAGGAAUGAGACGCCUUCGCCAGCUUCGCGAAGUAUACUCAAGCUACAACAUCACUGAUAUCACUACUGUGAUCCCUACCAUUCCAGGUACUGGCAAUGAAAAGGCUCAGAUCGAAUACGAUGAUGAUUUUGAUGAUCACGAUGCUGCAGUUGGGGACUUCAGUGAGACAGUGGAUGCUGAUGUAUUGGCAUCUCGUCGACGCCUCCAGACUGAAGAAAAAUCGAAAGCAAAAGGCUCGGCAGAAACCAUUCCCAAUACAACGAUCACUGCAAAGGUUACACCGGGUGGUGCAGUGAAAUCAGCAAUCACCCGAUUCUUUAACAGAGGCGGGGACGAGUCGGAUCCUUACAUUGUCGAUCUUGGAAUUUUCAAUGAAGGGAGACCUCGGCUGGAACCAGGAGUUAAUGGAAUUAUCAUUCCAGUUGUAGACGAGCAAUUUUCAACUUCAAUUGCAUACUCACUUUCGUCAAAGGAGUAUGCUCGACAAUUUGAUGAAUUCUCAAAAGCGGAGCCCACCACGUCAGAGCCCAGUACGACUCCUACCGUAUCGGCAGAACAUGGGACUCUAUCAACUGGACAACAAGAUCUACCCCCAACAGGUCGAAAUGCUUUCAAGGAGUCCAAGACAUCUGGAUCUACCAGUAGUCGCGACAAAGAGGGAAUCGAGAGACGAAUCCUUGUACGAAACAAGUCUCAUGUUAAGCACACUUUCCGCGACUUUGAUGAAAAAGGAAACAACCUUUGCAAGUUCGUGGUGACUACGUAUUGGGCGACCCAGUUUCAUGCAGUGCGGGAAGCUUUCCUCACUCCAUCUGGAUCCAAGAACGACUCAUUUGUUUAUCCUCCUGGAAUGAACGUGGAACAAGGAUACGUCCAGAGUUUGACCGCGUCUUAUUCCUGGGCUGCCAGUGGUGGAAAGAGUGGAGCAAGUUUUUCUCGAACUGCUGAUGACCGAUUCGUCAUCAAGCACAUUUCAAAGACAGAGCUCCAGAUGUUUUUGGAAUGCGCUCCGGCCUAUUUUGAAUAUCUAAGCAAGGUGUUCUUUCAUGGAUUACCUACGGUUCUGUGCAAGGUUGUAGGUGUUUAUACCAUUUCAUUCCACAAUCGUGUCACUGGAAAGCGAAGCAUGGAGCAGGUAGCUGUCAUGCAGAACAUAUUCUGCAAUAAAAAGAUUACCAAGACUUUCGAUCUAAAAGGUUCGCUUCGAGGCAGAUUCGCGGCUCUCAUCCAAAAGGCAAAAUACAGCAGUAGCAAUGCUGGUUCAACCAGUUUUUCUGAAAGCGCGUCGGCUAAAGGGAAGGGGACCGGAGAUAAAGGAUCGGAAAAUGAAGCCAGAACGAAUGAGGGAGAAGAUACUGAGAAGCCUAUAAGGUCAGGCAGAACUCUUUUAGAUGGCGACUUUUUGGAGUUUACAGCGGGACGGCCCAUGCCAAUGAAUGACCGAGCCAAGGCUGUAUUCCACAUGAGUAUUCUCAAUGACACUCUGUUCCUCUCAAUCAUUAACGUUUUGGACUAUUCCAUCUUGGUUGGAAUUGACGAAGAGAACAAUGAAUUAGUGGUUGGUAUCAUUGAUUUCAUGAGGCAAUAUGACAUUUUGAAACAGAUGGAACGUGUCGGAAAGAGUUUGCCGAUGGUGGUGGGUAGCGAGGCACCGACGAUCAUUCAACCUCCACUCUAUAAGGCCCGUUUCACGAAUGCUAUGGAACGAUACUUUAUGACCGUUCCAAUCGACCAAUCUCUUCUAUACCACCAAAAACAAACCAACUGCUUGACAAGAACCAUGUGCACACCAGAUUCUGAGCGAGACUCCUAUGACGAGCGUCCUUUGGUCGACGAUCUACUGGACAAGCAUGCCAAAGCAAUCGCCUCUGUUCGCGAAAGCAUUCUGGCCGACGACGAAUGCAAGGAACUCUAUGAAAAGGGUGAUAAUACCAAGCGCUACGACGAUAUUUGGAUCCUUCGCUAUGUAUUGAGUCAUAAAGGUCAUACUAAGGCUGCUUCCAAGGCUGCAAAGAGUACAAUCUUAUUUCGAGAAGAACACGGAAUGAACGAACUUGGCGACCUUCGUCCUCGUAUGAAGCAACAUGGUGUUCCUGACAGCGAAGCAAUGGCGAAGAUGGAGCCAUUGCCAGGAUAUGAACUAUUCGAAAAGUACUGCAGUGAAAAUGCAGUAUGCCUGACUCUCCCUGAUGAAAAUAGAGGACUUAUCAUGUAUUGUGAUGUUGGUGCACUCGACCAACAUGGCAUAACAGAAAAUAUUGACGAAAGCGUUAUCAGAGAAAUCAUGUUAUAUACCAAUGAAGCCAUCUUUCAAAUUUUGGAUGACGUUACUCGGCGUACUGGUCGGUUGACAAAGGUUACCAAGAUCAUCGACAUGGGAAAUACAACCUUAAGGGGGAUGAGCCGAACCUACCUAAAGCGUGACGCGGCUUGCUCUAAAUCAUUAGAGGACUACUACCCACAAUUACUUGCUGGUAUGUUGAUCUUCAACGGUCCAACAUGGGUCAGCAUGCUGUGGGCCGCUAUGAAACCUUUCUUCCCCAAGCGUGUGGCAGAGAAGGUGGACUUUUUGCCGUCGGUAUCCAAGUUGAAGGGCAAUAAGAAGGCUUUGAAACCUUUUUUGAAGCAUGUAGCAGAAGAGAAUUUGCCAGAAAAAUACGGUGGACUGAACAAGGAAUGGCCACUUCCGUGUGUAGCCGAGCGUUAUAUUACAAACUAA